GUGUGUAGUCUGUGCUCCGUGUGCAGACUGGACCAGAGCAGUUGUGACAUUUUGAGCCAUGGCUGCUGCUAUCGCGAGUGGGCUGAUCCGGCAGAAGAGGCAGGCGCGGGAGCAGCAUUUGGACCGGCCCUCCACCAACCGACGGAGGAAGAGCCCCAACAAGAACAAGGGGCUCUGCAAUGGGAACCUGGUCGACAUCUUCUCUAAAGUGCGCAUCUUCGGACUCAGGAAGCGGAGACUACGGAGACAAGAUCCCCAGCUCAAGGGUAUAGUGACCAGGUUAUAUUGCAGGCAGGGAUACUACUUGCAAAUGAAUCCCGAUGGCUCUCUUGAUGGGACCAAGGAUGACAGCAGUAAUUCCUCUUUGUUCAACCUUAUUCCUGUGGGCCUCAGAGUUGUCGCCAUUCAGUCCGUGAAGACAGGGUUAUACAUCGCCAUGAACGGGGAAGGCCACCUGUACACAUCAGAACUCUUUACGGCGGAGUGCAAGUUCAAAGAGUCGGUGUUCGAGAACUACUAUGUGAUCUACUCGUCCAUGUUGUACAGACAACAGGAGUCGGGGAGAGCUUGGUUUCUAGGGCUCAACAAAGAGGGCCAAGCCAUGAAGGGGAACCGAGUGAAGAAAACAAAACCAGCUGCUCACUUCCUGCCCAAGCCAUUAGAAGUCGCCAUGUACAGAGAGCCAUCGUUGCAUGAUGUUGGAGAGACGGUGCCCAAGGCGGCAGUACCUCCCAGUAAAAGCACAAGUGAGCCGGCGGUGAUGAACGGAGGUAAACCUGUAAGCAAGCCCGACAAGCCCGCCACAUAGCCACACCUGACCGGCGCCCUCUGCGUGUGCGUGGCGGGGAGGGGGUGUGUGACGGAGGCAGGGCUUUUCCCCGACAAGACUCCAGACCCUCUUUCCUCUUGCGGAUCAGAUAUAGGUGAACCCUCCUCCCUUUCUUCUCUUGCUCCUCCUCUGCUUUCUCCGCCUUGUCCACCUUUCCCUCCGGCUGCCUCAGCGCGGGCAGACGGAUCCUGAGGUGGCCGAGUUUCUCCAGCACAGGAGGGAAGAGGACCUCUGAUCAUGGAAUGCCUUUUGAUUCCUCUGUAACUGUGAGAGUUCAUGUGAAUAUGUUUCACGACCACGCUCGUGGUACUUUGCUUGCUGACAGUUCAUCCAAGAAACCUUCCCACCCCCUCUCUAUAAUGCCCUGUUGGAGCGGAGUGCGUGUACCUUCAGAUCUAUUUUCUAUACCACAGUUCACCAGCUAUGUUCUGGGACAGAGACUGUAUAGAUAGAGUAAAUAUGUGGACUGUCGUCCUCUAUUUUUUACCAGUAUGUUCCCCUCCAUCUCUUUCUAUCUGCAGUCACACAUUUUUCUCUUUGUCAAGUAACCUAGAAAAGUUAAAAACAUUUUGCAAAGGGAGUUGUGUGAUUUUCUAAGAAACACAUUCACAAAGAUAUGACAUAAAAACACAUAUACACAAAAAACUUUCAGAAUUUUCCUCUUGCCUACAACAUGCGCACACACACACACAGACAGACACACACACACA